AUGGAGGUGAAGAACUUUGCAAUUUGGGAUUAUGUUGUAUUUGCAGCCCUCUUUUUCGUUUCCUCUGGAAUUGGGGUGUUCUUUGCCAUUAAGGAGAGAAAAAAGGCAACUUCCAGAGAGUUCCUGAUUGGGGGAAGGCAAAUGAGCUUUGGCCCUGUCGCCUUGUCUCUGACAGCCAGCUUCAUGUCAGCUGUCACGGUCCUGGGGACCCCUUCUGAAGUCUACCGCUUUGGGGCAUCCUUCCUAGUUUUCUUCAUUGCUUACCUACUUGUCAUUAUCUUAACAUCAGAGCUCUUUCUCCCUGUGUUCUACAGAUCUGGUAUCACCAGCACUUAUGAGUACUUACAACUACGAUUCAACAAACCAGUUCGCUAUGCUGCCACAGUCAUCUACAUUGUACAGACGAUUCUCUACACAGGAGUGGUGGUGUAUGCUCCUGCCCUGGCACUCAAUCAAGUGACUGGGUUUGAUCUCUGGGGCUCUGUGUUUGCAACAGGAAUUGUUUGCACAUUCUACUGUACCCUGGGAGGAUUAAAAGCAGUGGUGUGGACAGAUGCAUUUCAGAUGGUUGUCAUGAUUGUGGGCUUCUUAACGGUUCUCAUUCAAGGAUCAACUCGUGCUGGGGGAUUCCACAAUGUAUUAGAGCAAUCAACAAAUGGAUCUCGACUACAUAUAUUUGACUUUGAUGUAGAUCCUCUCAGGCGACACACUUUUUGGACUAUCACAGUGGGAGGAACUUUUACUUGGCUCGGAAUCUAUGGGGUCAAUCAAUCAACUAUUCAGCGAUGCAUCUCUUGCAAAACAGAAAAGCAUGCUAAGCUUGCCUUGUAUUUUAACUUGCUGGGUCUCUGGAUCAUUCUGGUGUGUGCUGUCUUCUCUGGCUUAAUCAUGUACUCUCACUUUAAAGACUGUGACCCUUGGACUUCUGGCAUCAUCUCAGCACCAGACCAGCUGAUGCCGUACUUUGUCAUGGAGAUAUUUGCCACAAUGCCAGGACUGCCAGGACUUUUUGUGGCUUGUGCCUUCAGUGGAACUCUGAGCACCGUGGCUGCCAGCAUCAAUGCCUUGGCAACAGUGACCUUUGAGGAUUUUGUCAAGAGCUGUUUUCCUCAUCUCUCCGACAAGCUGAGCACCUGGAUCAGUAAAGGCUUAUGUCUCUUAUUUGGCGUGAUGUGUACCUCUAUGGCUGUAGCUGCAUCUGUCAUGGGAGGUGUUGUGCAGGCUUCCCUCAGCAUUCACGGCAUGUGUGGAGGACCGAUGCUGGGCUUAUUCUCCCUGGGAAUCGUGUUCCCUUUUGUGAACUGGAAGGGUGCACUAGGAGGUCUUCUUACUGGAAUCACCUUGUCGUUUUGGGUGGCCAUUGGGGCCUUCAUUUACCCUGCACCAGCCUCUAAGACAUGGCCUUUGCCUCUAUCAACAGACCAAUGUAUCAAAUCAAAUGUGACAGCAACAGGGCCUCCAGUACUAUCCAGCAGACCUGCAAUAGCUGAUACCUGGUACUCAAUCUCCUACCUUUACUACAGUGCAGUGGGCUGCCUAGGAUGCAUUGCUGCUGGAGUAAUCAUCAGCCUCAUAACAGGUCGCCAAAGAGGUGAGGAUAUUCAACCACUGUUAAUUAGACCAGUUUGUAAUUUAUUUUGCUUUUGGUCUAAGAAGUACAAAACAGUAUGCUGGUGCGGAGUUCAGCAUGACAGUGGGACAGAGCAGGAAAACCUUGAGAAUGGCAGUGCCUGGAAACAGGGGGCUGAAUCUGUCUUACAGAACGGACUCAGGAGAGAAAGCCUGGUACAUGUUCCAGGCUAUGAUCCUAAGGACAAAAGCUACAACAAUAUGGCAUUUGAGAUUACCCAUUUCUAAGGCAAUACCUGUAUGAAUGCACACACACACACACACA